GCCUCCUGCUCCAGAUCUAUAUAAGGGGCUGGAGCCGUUGGAGCUCGCUGAGGACCCACAGCCAUCACAGAGUGGUUUGCCACCCCAGUUCUGCCCGAGAUGAAGCUGUUCCUGGUCCUGGCACUUGCCCUGCUGGGGGCCGUCUCUGCUCACCAGCUCCCCUCAGAUGAGGGCGCCCCGGAGCAAGAGGUACCAGCCGAGCAGGGCGAGGAGGAGCCCAGGGAGCUGGAGCCACCGUGCCCCACAGACAGUGAGAGCUUCAGGGUGAUCGUGCCUGGCCAGGGGGGCUGCUUCGCUCGGUAUGUGGUUGUGAACAAUUGCCAGACAUUUUGGAACGCCCAGAACGUGUGUGCCCGCUGCUACCGCGGCCGCCUGGCCUCCAUCCACGGCAGCGUGAUCAACCGCCACCUGAGCUGCAUGGCGCGUGCCCGCACCAACCGGAGCCAGGUGUGGAUUGGAGGCAUCACCUCCGGCAGGAACCACUGUCUGCACGCCCACUGGGUCGACCGCAGUUCCUGGAACUACUCCAACUGGGCCAGAGGGAACCCCUGCCGCACUGGGCAAAUGUGUGUCGCUAUGUGCCCUUCAGGUGGUCAAUGGAGAAGUGUGAGUUGCCGGGUUAGCAUGCCCUUUAUCUGUCAGUACUGAGGGGGCUGCUCCCCGCACAGGGCCCCGCUGCCCCCACCGCUCUGCUGGCCUGAGACUCCCCGCUCCGCUCUGCCAGGGGCGCCCCUGCUCCCUGGACUCGACUCUGCUCCUGGCCCUGCCCCAGCUCACCGGGGGGGGGCAGCCCCCCCCUCACUCAUUGCCUGUGACUCCCUGCAAUAAAAAGUGCU